CUGGUCAGAGAGGCCUUCGACCACCACAGUAAACUGGCGUUAAAGGCCCACAGAGAGAAGCAGCUGAAACAGGAGAAGGAGAAGGCUGAAAGAGCAGCCAAGCUGGCAGAACAGGAGAAGAAGAAGAGGAGGAGCGAUGAUGGACCCAGAAUUCAGGAGCUGACUGAUGAGGAGGCUGAGAAGCUUCAGUCUGAGCUGGACCAGAAGAAGAAGGAGGAGGAGAACGUGCAGAAACUAACAACUCAUGCAGAGAAGACCUGUGACAGGUCAGAGGAGAAGCCUGACUCUGAGGGGGAGGAGGAUGAGAAGGAUAAAGACAAGCUGAAGCCUAACGCAGGAAAUGGAGCUGACCUGCCACACUACAAGUGGACCCAGACUCUGUCAGAGGUUGAUCUCGUCGUGCCCUUCCACGUGAAGUUUCGGAUCAAGAGCAGAGAUGUGGUGGUGGACAUCCAGCGGCGCUCCAUCAAGGUGGGCCUGAAGGGCCACCCUCCGGUCGUCCACGGUCAGCUCUACAACGAGGUGAAGGUGGAGGAGAGCUCCUGGCUCAUCGAUGAUGGGAAGCUGGUCACCGUCCACCUGGAGAAGAUUAAUAAGAUGGAGUGGUGGAGCAGGAUUAUCACCACAGAUCCAGAGAUUAACACCAAGAAGGUCUGCCCAGAGAACUCUAAGCUGUCAGACCUGGAUGGAGAGACUCGAGGCAUGGUGGAGAAGAUGAUGUAUGACCAGAGACAGAAGUCUAUGGGUCUGCCAACAUCUGAGGAGCAGAAGAAACAAGACAUCCUCAAGAAGUUCAUGGCUCAGCACCCAGAGAUGGACUUCUCCAAAGCUAAGUUCAGCUGAGUGUCCUGAGUGUUUAAUAAGCUGCUGCUGGACCAACAUCARACCUGUGUGCUUGGUCUGAUUCCUGCAGACUGAGUCAGACAGAGUGUCUCUGCAUGUGUUYUGUUUAAACAUGUCCUUUUUUAAUCAACAAUUAAAGAGUCAACUGUGAGAAAUUUC